AGGUAAGUGAUAAGAAUAUAGAUGAGAAAAAUGAAUUGUUCAGAAAAUAUAUAAGCGAGGAUUCUCUCUAUGGCAACUGAGUUGGUUAUUUCUGAUUCUUCAUGUCCAAUAGAAGAUCGUUUAAGAUGACGAAGAUACCCAUGAUUUUCAUACUAUGCGCUUUGUUCGCUACUCUGGCAUCAUCAUCUCCGAUAGGAGAGGGAACAAUCAAUGGGGAUGCUAGAAUGAACGAGCCAGACAUCAAGAAAUGUCUAGAAUCAAAACCAUGCAUAAUUACUUUCGAUUUCACCCCUACCUGUGCUUCCGAUGGAAAAACAUACUCCAACGAAAGAGUCAUAGGCUGCUUGAAUGAAUGCUUGAAGCAGGAAGACAAACUCACAGUUGCAUCUCGAGGCUACUGUAAGAGUGUCGCUGUUCCAGUCCGUUGAUCGAGAAGGAGUUACAGAAAAAUAUGAAAAAGUUUUCAAUUUGCAAAUAUAUCUUUUACCGAUA